AAAGUAAUGACAGGCUCACCUUGACAUUAUUUCUAUGUCUGCUCUAAACUGUUUACAUGUACCUGUAGCUCUGCAUCAGUUUGGGACGAGGACGAGAAGAGAGAUGGCCACAUUAAAACUACCAGUUUUGGUCGUAUUACUUGCCGUCUGUUUGGUGCAUGCGACGGAUUCGAUUGACCACAUUUCUCAGUUGAUUAAAGAAAGACAGGCCAGAAGCACAAGGUCUGUUCAGAUACCGAAACCGACGCCUACUCGCCAUUUUGAACAUUAUGUCCGGCUGGAUACCACUGGCCAGUUCUGGCUGUUUUGGACCGCCAAUGCCACCCACGUGACCUUUGAGACACACGUGAACACGCAUGGCUACAUUGGAUUUGGAAUCUCCCCGAACGGAAAAAUGUUCCCUGCUGACGUCAUCGUGGGCGGAGUCAAGGAUGGUCAAACCUACUUCAAGGACUAUCAUACUACUGAGCAUGCCCCGCCAGUAGUUGACCAAUCACAGGACUGGUUCCUCAUCGCUGGCAAGGAAACUGCAUCCGGGACGGUCCUCACCUUUGUGCGCAAACUCAACACAUGUGAUACUGUUGGCGACAUGGUCAUUACGGAUGAUACCACUAGAAUUAUCUAUGCCUACAAUCCGGAUGACGUGACAAGUUUUAUCCCCUACCAUGGCGCCACCAGGCGAGGAACCAAGAGUGUCAUGCUGCUGUCUUCCUCUUUGACAGCCGAGGACGUCAAUUUUCCUCAAGACAUAGUUACCUACGACUUAGUACAUAACAAUCACCAUGUUCCGUCCAACACCACAGCUUACUCAUGUCGAGCCAUGAAGUUACCUCCCCUUACCUCCAAACAUCACAUGAUCAAGUAUGAGCCAGUAAUCACACAGGGAAAUGAACUGAACGUGCACCACGCCGUCGUCUACAGAUGUGAUAAGCGUGCUGCUGAACUGGACAAGUACGACGGUACCGUCUUCCCGUGUGAAAAUACUAAUACCGCACCUGAACCUCUACGUGGAUGUCUUUACAAGGCCAUCAUUGCGUGGGCCAUCGGAGGGGAGGCGUUCUACUUCCCCCCUUCUGCCGGGUACUCGCUCGGAACGGAUGCUGACCCCGACUUCCUUGUCAUGCAGACGCAUUACGAUAAUCCCCUGGGUAGAUCAGAUAUCGUUGACAGUUCCGGUUUCCGCAUCACCAUCACACCCACACUCCGAUUGCACGAUUCUGCACUCCUAACCAUAGGAAUUGGUGUGACUCCGAUGCAGAUAAUUCCCCCUCUGGAACUAGACUUCGUUUCCCAAGGGUAUUGUCCUGCGGAACUUCUUGGGAAGGGUUUACCACAAGAGGGUAUAAACGCAUUUGCGAUUCUACAGCACUCCCAUCUACUUGGCAAAGAAAUCAUGACACGUCUUUACCGAAAUGGUAGCGAACUCGAACCACUGGCUGUCGACAGACAUUAUGAUUUUGAUUAUCAAGACAUGCGCUACCUGUCGAGGGAGAGAAAAAUAUAUCCGGAUGACAAGAUUGAGGUGAAAUGUGUUUACGAUUCGAGCAAUAGACAAGGUCUUACACUGGGAGGAUUUUCUACACACGAGGAGAUGUGUGAGGCGUUUAUUAUGUACUACCCACGUACGCCCCUGGACAUCUGCCAGAGUGUACCCCUCUACAACACAAUAGCUGACAAUGCACAAAAAGUCUUCCCUGUUAUCAAGACAUGGAACUGGACAGAUCCGGCGGUUAGGGCUAACUUCCGGUCAGCGCUGGACCACUCUGUACAUUACCACUACGCAAUGGGAAGCACUGAUGCCGUUAAUAAACCUGGCGUUUGUUACAUAAGGCAUCAGUUAGGGCAGAGGACGAGAAGAAACAUGGCCAUUCUAAAACUAACCGUAUUGAUAGGAUUGCUAGCCGCAUGUUUGGCGCUUGCGACGGAUUCGGUUGACCAUAUUUCUCAGCUGAUUAAAGACGGGCAAGUCAGAAGCGCAAACCCUGUUCAGAUACCGAGACCGACGCCUACCCGCCAUUUUGAACACUAUGUCAAGCUCGAUACCACUGGUCAGUUCUGGCUGUUUUGGACCGCCAAUUCCACCCACGUGACCUUUGAGACACACGUGAACACGCAUGGUUACGUUGGAUUUGGAAUCUCCCCGAACGGAAAGAUGUUCCCAGCUGACGUCAUUGUGGGCGGAGUCAAGGACGGUCAAACCUACUUCAAGGACUAUCAUACUACUGAGCAUGCCCCGCCAGUAGUUGACCAAUCACAAGACUGGUUCCUCAUCGCUGGCAAGGAAACUGCAUCCGGAACAGUCCUAACCUUUGUGCGCAAACUCAACACAUGUGAUAGUGUUGGUGACGUGGUCAUAACGGAUGACACCACUAGAAUUAUCUUCUCCUACAAUCCUGUCGACGUGACGAGUUAUAUCCCCUACCAUGGCGCCACCAGGCGAGGAGCAAAGAGCGUCAUGCUGUUGUCUUCUUCUUUGAAACCGGAGGACUUCAAUUUUCCCAACGAUACAGUUACCUACGACUUAGUUCAUGACAAUUACCACGUUCCGGCCGACAAAACUAUCUACGCGUGUCGAGCGAUCAAGUUACCUCACCUCACCUCCAAACAUCACAUGAUAAAGUACGAGCCAGUCAUCACACCCGGAAAUGAAUUAAACGUGCAUCACGUGGUCGUCUUCAGAUGUGACAAGCGCGCUGCUGAACUUGCCAAGUACGACGGCACCGCCUUCCGCUGUGAAUAUUAUGAUCAAACUGUACCGGAACCCCUUCGUGGUUGUCUGUUCAAGGCCAUCAUCGCUUGGGCCGUCGGAGGGGAGGCGUUUUACUACCCUCCAUCUGCCGGGUUCUCGCUCGGGACGGAUGCUGAUCCCGACUUUCUCGUCAUGCAGACGCAUUACGACAAUCCCUUGGGCAGAUCAGAUAUCGUUGACAGUUCCGGUUUCCGCAUCACCAUCACACCCACACUCCGACCACACGAUGCCGCGCUCCUAAUGAUAGGAAUGAGUGUGGUUCCGAUGCAUAUGAUUCCCCCUCUGGAACUAGACUUCGUUUCCCAAGGAUAUUGUCCUCCGGAACUUCUCAGGAAUGCCUUACCACAAGAGGGCAUUAACGCAUUUGCGGUUCUACAGCACUCCCAUCUACUGGGCAAAGAAAUGAUGACACGUAUUUACCGGAAUGGAAGCGAAAUCGAACCACUGGCUGUAGACAGACAUUAUGAUUUUGAUUAUCAAGACAUGCGCUACCUGUCGANUUAA